GUGUUUAAUGAAAUGACGGAACUGCUUUCAUCGUACAGAAAUUAUGAUAGUUACCGACGUGCCUAUAAUGAGUGCAGUAACUUUAAGAUCCCAAUACUUGGGGUCCACCUGAAAGACUUGAUAUCACUUUAUGAGGGCAUGCCAGACUACUUAGAGGACAAAAAAAUUAACAUAUACAAACUAUACUCUCUAUAUAACCACAUAAAUGAGCUGAUACAACUUCAAGAAAUGCCACUUCCCUUGGAGGCUAAUAUGGACCUUGUUCAUUUGCUUACACUGUCCCUUGAUCUUUACUACACAGAAGAUGAAAUUUAUGAGCUUUCAUAUGCGCGAGAGCCACGAAGUCACCGAGCUGCUCCUUUGACACCUUCUAGACCACCAGUAGUUGCAGACUGGGCUUCAGGAGUAGCCCCAAAACCUGAUCCAAAAACCAUCAGUAAACAUGUUCAGAGGAUGGUAGAUUCUGUCUUCAAAAAUUAUGACCAUGAUCAGGAUGGAUACAUUUCCCAGGAAGAAUUUGAAAAGAUAGCUGCCAGUUUUCCUUUCUCAUUUUGUGUAAUGGCUAAGGAUUGGGAAGGUCUGAUUAGCAGGGAUGAAAUAACAGCUUACUUUAUGAGGGCUAGCUCAAUCUAUUCCAAAUUAGGACUUGGCUUUGCUCACAACUUCCAAGAGACCACUUACUUGAGGCCUACUUUCUGCGACAACUGUGCUGGAUUUCUAUGGGGAGUCAUUAAACAAGGAUACAGAUGCAAAGACUGUGGAAUGAACUGUCACAAGCAAUGCAAAGACCUGGUUGUAAUAGAGUGCAAGAGAAGACCCAAAACAUCAGUUGCAGACAGCAGCCCAACCUCUGCUCUUGCUUCAAGCCUCUGCCCAGUAGGAGUUAAGGAACAAUUCCACGGACAAGAAGAAGGACUAUUCACAUUUCCUAAUGGAGAAGUUGUGGAACACAGUGAAGACAGCAAGGACCGAACCAUUAUGCUCAUGGGUUCCUCAGCUCAGAAAAUCUCAGUGAGACUGAAACCAUCUGUGGUUCAUGAAGGUACACAGACCGAUCCUGUACUGCUGGCUGGUGAUGUAUCUCGUAGGCAGAUUGAGAAGAAAGAACAUAAGAUGCCAGAAAAUCCUUAUCUCCAGCCAGCUCCACCAUCCCCAUUUCCAAGCCCAAUUCUAGGCCGCAAAAAGGCGUAUGUUAAAUGGGAAAACAAGGACUCCAGCCAGAAAAAGAAAGAGGAGCAUCACAGCUGUAAACCCUCAUACCAGGAACUUGAGCAGGAAAGAAAUAUUCUAAAGGUACACAAUGAAGGUUUAAAGAUCCAACUGGAACAGGCACAUAAAACAAUUGAAUCUCUCACAAUCCACAGAAGAAACCAUGUAGCGGACAACCUACAACACAGAGACUGCUCCUAG